GGUAGCUUGAAAAUCUUUUACAAUAGUGAAGCAGAGUCCAUAGUAUUAUACUCAAGCGAAGCUUGCACACAAGAUCAAUGCCGGAAACUUAGUACAGCGCGAAAUGAACAAAGAUGGCACAUGAAAACAGAUUCUGAGACUGGGAUUCAACCUACGUUUCGAACGAAAAUGAAACAUAUUUCAGUUGAAAUUCCACACCACACACUGAUGAGUCUGAUUUCUUUGGUUUGAAUACGCAUGGUCAACCAUAUCGAAGGAUGCCCCGAAUUUUCCUAUUGCUAUUCCUCUUCCUCCUACUCCUACUUGAGCCCUCUGAAGCCAACGACGACGUUGCCAUUUACUGGGGUCAAAACGAAGAUGAGGGAAGCCUAACUAAAACAUGUGAAACAGGAAUAUACUCAUAUGUAAUCAUAGCCUUCCUUCCCACCUUCGGAUAUGGCCAACCCUCUCAUAUCAAUCUCGCUGGUCAUUGUAACUCUUUUACUAAUGGGUGCACUAAAUUUGGAAGAGAUAUUAAGAAUUGCCAGAAGCAAGGGAUCAAGGUGAUGCUCUCCAUCGGAGGGGCAGAAGGUAGCUAUAAUCUAAAUUCCUCAGCUGAUGCUAAAAAUGUCUCAGAUUAUUUGUGGGACAAUUUCCUGGGUGGCUCCUCGUCAUCACGCCCAUUUGGCGAUGCAAUAUUAGAUGGCAUUGAUUUCGACAUAGAACAAUAUGUACCACACGUGGAAGACCUUGCACGUUACCUUAAGUCACACAAAAAAGUGUACUUGUCUGCAGCACCUCAGUGCUUAUUUCCUGAUGCACAGUUGGGUACGGCCCUUGAUACUGGCCUUUUUGACUAUGUUUGGGUACUAUUCUACAACAAUCCUGCAUGCGAUUAUACACACAGAAAUUUCACUAACUUCGUGCAUACUUGGAAAAAAUGGACGACAUCAUUAAAAGUGGGGAAAAUAUUUCUGGGGUUACCAGCAGAUUCAGCAUCAGCUACAAGUGGUUAUGUUCCAGCAGAUGUAUUAAUAUCCACGAUAUUACCAGCAGUAAAGGAGUCACCAAAUUAUGGAGGUGUGAUGUUGUGGUCAAGGUUCUCCGAUAAAAAUAGUGGCUACAGUACCAACAUUCAAGUAAGUCCUCUUUGCACACAGCAAAGCCUUCCCAAAUGCAGAAGCCGCUACAGUGGCUUCGUGGAACGUUUAGGUCACAUGUCCACGGAUGGUAUCAAAGUUUAUGAUGGCGUGAGCAUUGAUACACAGUGCUGUGAGAUCAUUUGUAGGAACAACUGUUCCUGUGAAGCGUAUGCCCCAACAAAUCACAUUAGCAAUACCGGUUGCCGGAUAUGGGGCGAAGGAUCGAAAUUCAUUAAAGCUUCUGGGGCAAAAGCACGGACAAUCCACGUUAUUAAAUUCAAAGGUAUGGCCAGAUUCCCAACCCGUAAGGUACCUGGCUAG